AUGGUCGUAUGGUAUGGUAGUAAAUCAGGGAAAGGAGCGGCUAAGACGUCAGAGCCUUGUCUGAAAGGUGAAAUCGUACCAGUGCAGGAUAGGGUUAUUGACAUUGCAAGUGAAAUCAGCUCUAAAGUUAUACCAGUGAAGGAGGCUCUUCACAGCUUGAGUAGUUUGGACAUCAAACUGAAGGCUUCCAAUGCUGAAUUCUUGCAAACCUGUAUCGCGAACUCUCUAACAUGGGCUGAGAAGGAACCAUCCCUGGAAUGUGAUCAAGCUUUUAUCCCAUCUCCAGCUGAGCGGAUAUCAUUUGCGGCAUUCCAACCUAUUAGAAGAUCUUCUGCACAAUCAGAAAAACUCAAGUUGCAGCAACAGAAGUUAAGAGCAAUGGAUCAUCUGAAAGACACGCUACAAAGACUGGACAAUUCACUAGAAUUAGUUAAUGAGAAUAUCUCCAUGGUAGCAGCCAAGCUUGCUAUUUAA